CAUCUCGAUGACCAACAGCGCUACCUCAGUCACCGAGCCCUCGAGCGGAUCGGCCAAUGCCGGACUUACGUUUACCCUCUCGGCGCCCUCGACAGCGCCGGUUACGGUCUACCUCGCGACGACAGCCCCUGGCGGAUCGCUCGUGACGAGCGGAACCGACUUUACUCCCCCGCCGGCGUCGAUUGUUAUCCCGGCCGGCGUCACAACGUUCACUUACGACAUUCCUGUGGCCGCAGACGGGUUCUGGGAUGACGGUGAGCAGUUUACCGUCUCCAUCGCCGGCACCUCGGUCGAAGUCGGCGAGUCCAACGAGGUUGUGUACCAGCUGACACUCUCGCGUCCGUCCGAGUACGCCGCCGGACUCACGCUCAAUGUCGACGGGCCGGCAACAACCGCCACGCUUCCUGGCGAUGCGGACUUGGUCGGCACCAUCGAUCGAGCGGGCGGACCGUUCACGAUCGCUGCCGGCGAGAUCUUCUUUAACGUCUCACUAGUGGUGGCUGGCGAUGGCGAUGCAGAGGCGGAUGAAGUUCCGACCGAGGUGCUCGACCUAGGCCUUAUCGCCAACUACGGCGGCGCGGAACUGGCGGCUGACGGGGUCAACGUGACCGCGACGAUCACCAACGAUGACGCGGCGGUGGUGACGAUGGCGGCCGGGACGGCUGCAGCGACCGAGCCCGGAUCGGGGACGGUCAACGUGCCGAUCACGGUGACGAUGGACACGACGGCGUCGUACGACGUCGUGGUGGAUGUGGCGACGAGCGUGUCGUCGGGCUCGCUCGCGACGGGCGGGACCGACUUUACGGUCGAGACGACGACGGUGACGAUCCCAGCCGGGUCGACGAGCGCAGUGUACAAUGCGGUUGUGGCCGCAGACGCAUGGUACGACGGCGGUGAGACGUUCGACGUCAAGCUGACCGGCACGUCUACCCCUGGCGUUUCCGUGGGCGUGGCAGACACAACGGUGGUCACGAUUGCCGACUCUGGCCCAGCACCUGUGCUGACGGUGAGUGUGGCUGACGGUGGAACGACCGGCGUUAGCGGCGACGGAACGUCGUCAAUUUCUUUGGUGGCUCUCGAAGGUGGCACAGGCACGACUAACGAGGUUGUGCUCACGACAUCGCUCUCGCGGCCUGCGGAGCACCCGACUCAGGUGGUCGUGGAGAUCGACCCGGCGUCGACGGCAGUGCUGCCGGAUGAUGCAGCGAUUCUCGACUCGGUGACUCGGGGCAGCAGCCCGCUUACGAUCCCGGCGUAUGCCACCGAGUAUAAUGUGUCUGUGGUGGUUUCGGGCGACAGCGAGCUGGAGCCGGAUCACGUUCUAGACUUUGGACUGGUGGGUCAUCUACGAUAA